AUGGCGAAGCUGGAAAGUGUUAAUCAACAUGCUUUUGACGUGUUCAACCUGCCUGAGCUCGACAUCAUUCUUGUGAUGGAGGCGUGGUCUGAGGCAGAUGGUCAAGACAACCGGGUCGCGAAAGAGUUUGAAACUCGAUCGGCAAACAAGUCUCGCAUCUCGCAAUUCUUCUUGCGGAUGGACGACACCCAGGGAGGAGUCUUUACGCUGGAGGGCGUCCGGACUGAGGCUAACUCUUUACUGCAUGGCAUUCUGGAUCUCCGUAAGGACGACUCAGAGGGAUUUGGUGGGCUCAUACUCAAGCAGGCUCUGGCUCUUCUUCCGCAAACAUUCGAGGAGCUCAAUGACCUAUCAAGACACGUAUGGGCUACGCUAUUCAUUUGCCCGAUUCAUAGGUGGAAAGAUGAGGCAACCUUGAAAACGGCGCUGGAGCAAAUCUUGACUGCUCAACAUGGAAUGGAUCAUGCCGCGGCACUCCAGCACUCACCAGCACUCGUCGAGACUGUCUCAGCCACUAACAUCGCGUUUUACGACUCGAAAGCCAUGUUCAAAAGCCGGUUUAUAAGCGUUGUGCCCACUCAAGGCGCUUUUUCGAAUGCAAUUCUGUACAGGGGCAUGGGCUCCAUGUGUCACCCGCUGGAGGAGAACAUACAAGCCUCGUGCCCGUACCGGGAGAUUCUAGAUGCUGUGGCAGGUCAUUCGUCGAUAUAUCGCCGAUCAGAUCGCGAGUAUCCAGUCACACAGAGCCUCGAUCUGCAUCUUGUGGCCGCAUUUCGACACGCAGUUCCCCAAUAUCCCACGGAUAUUGAUUUGACAGGAGAAACUGGAGAGGAAUGGGCUACUUGGAUGAGAAGUGAAGGAACAAGCUUUAGAUUCCCAAGAGGACAUCCAUCUGCGCACGAUGGCACGACCAAGAGCGCAUAUUGUUCGAUACCUAAGCUGUCAGUCGGAGGCGGGCUCGGCUUAAGUUUUAACUUCUCUGCAAGGGAAGCCAAUUACACUUCGAUGAACGCCUUCUUGUGGACGUGGCUAUCACAGCUUCUGUCUUGGUCCAAGUCCCGAUGGAUCUCAUAUCAAGGCUCUGGUGGCAUUACGCCAAACAUGUUCAGUCAACAUUUUGAUGUUGUGGGUAAGAUGUACGAUUUGGGAGACGACGACCUCCUCCGCAUCUGCUUGUGCACGCUUAAAGACAACAUACAAGCGGACAGACAACAUCCGACCCUCCUAGUUCUCAACAAUGUCGACGCAAGCUCUGAUUGGCAAAUGUCAGUUGUCAAGAAGCUGCACGACACAUUUCGAGGCAGCCAUUUGCGGCUCAAGGUUCUCAUCACAAGUCGAGAAAUAUACACAAUUGAACAGUCACUCGGCCUCAUUGUCCAUCGUAUGUUUCGUCACCCUCGAAAGGAGACAGCGUCCAAGCCCGGCAAAGCUCAGAAGCUCUCGAUGCUACAGACGAGAAACAAAACCGCUCUGCAUAUCUUCAGGAGACACUACCCAGUCGUUAAUAGACUGCGUUUGACAACCACCAACGUUGCCUCCUUGGUACAACCUCCUAACCCUCGAGAGUUACAGGAGUCAGGGGUCAGUACCAGCAGCAGGCUGACUCAGUAUUACAAGCCAAACCACCACCUCACCAAGCAAUUACUUGAUCGAUCCCUUUCGAACCCUUCAUCCGUUGAAAGACCCCUCGAAGACCUGGCCCUGACGAUCAUUCUGCGGUGUAUGCGACCCCUCAAGAAGGCAGAGUUUGAAUCACUGCUCAAUAUGGCAAUGGAUCCAUCCUCGACCACUCCAGAUAAGGCGUCCAAGAAAGUCGAGGAACUUUAUGGUGGUCGUUUCGUUAUCACACAAGGCCGCGUCUUGCCGGCUAAGGACAUGGUCAGGGAAGCCCGGCAGCCGCAGGAGGACUCGGCGGAUGACCAAUGGUAUCGGGAAGAAACAGAAUCUCACUCAGAUCUGGCAAAUUGGUGUCUGAGAUACUUGCAGCUGCCGGGAAAUCGAGAUAUCCUGGUGGGGAUUCGGGAAAGCGACAGAAUGCCAUGUGCUAACCACGGCCUUCUCUGGUAUGCGGUUGACCACUGGGCUGAGCAUGCCCGACGUAGCGAGGGCUUCUGGAACGCUGAUCAGCCGGCUUUCCAGUCUCUGCUUGAGGACCACAUGGCAGUCCUAAAUCUUUGGACUGUGGCGAAGGUUCUGCGACAACCGGCAAUCCCCUGCGUCACGGCCCGCCCGCGAACAGCUCUCUCCAUCCUAGCACAUCACGGCCUUGCCUCUGCAGUGGAUCUUGUAAUCAACUUGGCCAGGGGCAACGAUAGCUUUUGCGACGAGCUGGCAGAUGCUUUCAUCGCUGCCGCCAGUAGCGGCAAUCGUGAGACCAUCCGUGUCUUGACCCAACAAGUCGAGCUUCGGCGAUUUGACGUUGACCAAGCCGUCCUGGCAGCGAUCGAGUCCAAAGACGAAGAGGCUCUUGUCGAGGUCAUUGACUAUUCCAGUCGACUCGGACUAGAAUUCGGCGACACUGCAGCAUACUUGGCCCGGGCGGCAUCACUCGAUAAUGUGGUCGCUCUGCAAGUUUUGCACGAGAAGAUCCUCAAGCACAAACCCCUUGAUGAGCACUCCAAGACCUCCUUCCCAUUAAGCCUGGCAUGUUACACACAGAAGCCAGAAAUACUGCUUGCAUUGCUUAAGAACGGUCUUGGCCCACCCCCCGGUGAUGUCAAAGGCUGGCGGCAGCCCAUGGAAACAGUCUGUUGCUACGGGGGUAGCGCUCUUGUGAGGCCAUUGCUGGAGCACUUCGAGUCAAAACACCCUGGGGAUACGGAACUGAUGACCUCCAUCUGCCGUGAAAUGCUCAAGAAAGCAGAUGACUACGGCCAGUGUGCGGUGAUAUCCUCCAUCUUGGACUGGGCAUCAGCGCACUCGCUUAUCCUACUCAACCAACACAUCCUCUGCUUGUCGGACGCAUUCUGGUCCAAUAUGAAGAACGCGAAGUUCUUAAUGUCUCCUUUCAAGCAGCCCAAGGCCUUUGAGGAAGGCGAUACGCUCUUCAAGAAAGCUGUCUUCGUCUUUUUUGCGAAAGCGGUGUUUGGGAUAGCUCAGGAGCUACUUCAGCCACCCAUGACCAUGGGUGAAGAAACUUUCUGCUCCCUCUUGAGAACUGCUAUCCUCAAAUGCAAUGAGAAGUUGGUUUGUCUCAUCUGUACUGUAGGGUCACGAUCAAAUAUCGACAUGACCCACCCAGCAGUGAGAGACACGAUUCUCACCGAAGGCCUCAUCCAGACUUCCAUAAAGAGCAACUUCAUCGCCCCUCUCUUGGAGCUCAAGCUGGAUCCCAGCUUGGAGGUUCCGAGCCUUGGGCGGUCAAUGUUGGGAUAUGCCGCAUAUCACAACCAAAUCGGCGCUGUGAGAGCCCUCCUUGCUGCAGGUGCCAAGGUCAAUGAGGGAGGAGACGACUGGACACCCCUGCAUUGCGCGUACGAUAACACCGAGAUCACAGAGCUUCUUCUUGCGAGUGGCGCCGAUGUCAAUCUGAGAGAUGUCUCGAAUCGGUCCGCUCUGUAUUUUGCUUCAAAAUGGGGCCAUGGCGGUGUUGCCAGCGCGAUCCUGGGGAAGAAGCCUCACAGAGACACCCUGGAGCAGGCCUUGGGCGUUGCGCUGGAGAACAGCCGAGCUCACAUUGCCGAGCUGCUCGUCAAACAUGACGAUGACCUGACAACUGAAUCGUCGGACGCGGAAGCGUGGCUGGCUAUGGCCGUAUCGACGUCCGACGCUGCUCUUGUGAACCUGAUUCUGGAUCGCUGUCGCAGCCUGGACAUUAACCAGCUCAGCAGCGAUGACUGGGCAGAAGCACCGCUCCAUUCCAUCAGUCACAGCACCGAAGCUGUCAUCGUUCGCACACUCGCGGCGAGAGGCGCCGACGUAAAUAUCUUGAACUGGCGAAAAGAGACUCCCCUCUGGAAGGCGGCCGCAGCAGACAACCUCAGCGUGGCGCAUUGCCUUGUUCGACGGGGAGCAAAAGUCAACGGGCCUGCUAACCAACCUCUUGCACUGGUCGAAGCGUGCGGAAGUGCAACGCCUGAUUUCGUCAAGUUUAUGCUUGACGAAGGUGCCGACGUCAAUGCAGCCUGCUACGCAAAUCCUGGCACCGCUCUGCAUGCGGCUUUGCUUAGGGAGCAAGGUGAAAGUGAAGCUGCAACGAGCAAAGCCCAGAUACUCGAUGUCCUACUGAACACGGACGGUAUCAACGUGCGGAUUCGAAGCCGUCUAUGGGGUUCGGUGCUCAGCGCCGCGGCUCUGAAGUGCCAGCCCAGCAUCGUCUCGAGGCUGCUAAAGAUGGGUGUCGACGCCAAUGAUGUAGACCAUCUGGGUCGGGAACCGAUUCACUUUGCUCUGCUGCAGUCGGUGGAAACAGCUCAGCUGCUGCUGCGAGAGGAAGGCGUCACGUUGGACGGGGAAGACAGACUGGGCCGGCAUGCUCUCCAUUUUGCCGUGCAGAGCCAGAGAUCAGACAUUGUCGAAUUCAUCCUCCGAGAGCGGCCGCAUCUCGUCAACAAGCCCGACAUCCACGGGUGGACGCCGCUGCUUUGGGCGCUUCGAGCCCCUCCGACGUUCUGCAGCUCUACAACUCCAGAUCAGCUGAAGCAGAUGCUGACGCUGUUGCUUAACAGCGGCGCGAGCAAGUUUGUCAAGGGAGAUGGCGCUGAUGGCGAGGUUUGGACGCCGGCGAGACUUGCAAGCUACCGUGGCCUGAGUGAAGAUGUGCUGGAGUUGGUGACGCCGGAUGAAGGGGAACUGGGGCAGCGCCAGGAGUUUGACAGAGAUAUAUGGACUGAAGCAUGCGGGCGUCAAGGCCAAUUUCAGGCCACCGUAUAUUGUCAUAUGUGUCUAGCGGCUGGAGAUGGGUUGGGCUUCGAGUGCAGCGAAGCCGGCUGCGUCAUUGCCACGUUCUACAUGUGCUGGAAAUGCGGUAUAAGCAAGGGGGUAUUGCAUUCUGGGUCCACGCAUGUCUUAUAUGCGAUACGAUAUGAACCAGAGUCGGACGAAGAGGAAGAAGAUGAUUCAGAUGAAGAAGAGGAUGGUGAGACAGAGGGAGAACAAGAGGAUGAAAUAGAGGAAGAAUAA